AAAUAAUGUAGCCAAAGUGGGAGGUGUCAGUCCAAUGUUUACAAUCGGUCUUGUGGGCUGAAUUCUGUGUCAUUUUAAUUUCUUUGCCGCAGAUUCAAGUUUCUUUAACUUGGUGGUGAGGAUUAUCGUGGAGGCAACAGUGGAACUAAUAAGAUAAAACUUAAGAACAAUGGCAGCCAUUAGGCACAGUCUUCAGAGAGAUGUAUUUGAGCCAACAGAGGAAAGGCUUGUUGGUGUACUGUAUGUGACAAAGCCUGGCAAGAAGAAAAAGACAAGUUUCCUUUGUGCCACAAUUAAUAAGGAGAAACCAAUUUAUGCAACAAUACACCAGGUUAAGAAAACAGAUAAAGAUGUGUACAAGAAAAAAAAUUCUUGGCCUCUUCGAGAGUUGCAAGUGGUUGAUGGAAAAGAUGAAAACAAGGAUACUGCAGAUCUAGACCUGACAUUUGACAGGGUGUAUAAAUGGGUAGCUAAUAGUGCACCAGAUAAACAUGCAUUCAUCCAACUUUUAUGGAAGUUGUGUUGCAGAUAUCUGCCUAAGCAGAAACCUCAGUUUAUUAAUAUAUCUGCUGAGUUGAUAGAAGAAAAUGUAAAUAUUGCAGAAAAUGGAGAUGUUACAACAUCUGCUCUUGAUAAUGUAGAUGCAGUCCUCAACGAUGAUGGUGAUUACCGAGCUCUGUCAGAGAAAGAACAGAUGGAUUUAGAAAGACUAAUGGAGCAGUGUGAUUCAGCAGUUAGCAAUGCUGAAGCUUUUGCAGAACAGUUGUCAAGAGAUCUCUCUGUUCUUGAUGGGGCAAAUAUUCAUAGUAUGAUGGCAUCAGAGGCACAGGUGGAAGCUUUAAUGGAGAUGAUUGACACUUCAUAUACCGAAGCAGAAAAAAUUGAGUCUCGUCUGGAUUCAUAUGAUGAAAUUCUGCAACAUGUGAAGGACUCCAUUGAGAAAAUAGCUGAUAAAAACACUUCCAUUGAGCAGACUAAUGCAAAUAAUUCUAAAUUGCUUGAAGAACUAGACAGACUGAUUAACCAGUUAGAGUUACCUCAGCAAUAUCAGGAGGUACUGAUAUCAGCUGAUCUUAAUAAAACUGGCAGUCUUCCACAAGUAAUUGAGGCUGCAACAGCAUUACAAACAGUAAUAAAUGCUCCAGUGCCAUCACACCUAUCACAACUGCAGGCUUUCCAAGAUCAGAAAAAGAGAUUUGAGAAAUUGAAAAGCAGAUUCAGUCAGAUUGUCUCGAGACAUUUGAAUAAUCUCUUUAUUCAUUUGGGAAAUGACCCAGGGGAAACAUUAAGUCUUCAUGCAGAACAGUUAACUUUACCCCGUCAUGGCAGCAUUCACAAUGAACUACAACCUUACAUUGCACUUAUGCACUGGAUCAGAGCUCUUGACCAUCGUGCCUACCAGCACCUGAACAAGACCUAUGCUACUUCAAUUAGCAAGCUGUAUGAGAGGGAUAUUCGACUGUUUUUUGAGGAAGCAAGACAACGCAUAUCUGGUGGAAGAAGAUUACGUGGAAGUGGAUCCAGUCAAGAUAUUGCCAGCAUGUCAGGUGUUGCUGGGAAGCUAACCUCCCAGAUAAAGCAUGGAGCCCAAAAUCUUAGUACACGUGCCAACACUGGAGCAUUGUUAGGAGUUGAUCGUGAUCAGUGGGGCUCGGAGCUUGAUAUGCAGGAACGUCAGAAGUUUGAUGAGAUAUUUGAACGUGUGCUCAGUGAGUUGCAACCUGUAUGCCUGGCAGAGCAAGAAUUCUGUAUUGCCUUCUUUAACCUGAAUUCUGCGGGCAGUGAGCAGAAGCCCUCAUCAUCAGUGGCAAGCACACCUGGAUCGAGUGGCAGUGAGGAGAGCAGUGGUUCAGCAGGAACUAGUUCUGGUACGGUUGGCACUCCAGGCUCAGGGCAUGGAAAGCUUGUCAACCGUGAAGUGCGCUCAAUGAUGGCAGCUUUGUUCACUACGCUUGAACAACAACUAGGAUCUUUCAUCAAUACUUAUGAUCGAGCAGAUUCUUAUUGUUGCUUGUAUAUCUAUGUGCGUCUCAGUGAGCAUGUCCUUACUGCAGAGGAUACAGGUUCCUUCCUCAGCACCACUUUUGGAUCAUGUUUGGUACAAGCCAAGCGGAACUUUGACCGUUUCAUGAAUUCGCAGUUGCAGUCAAUCCAGGAGUGCAGAGUCACAAAGAAAAAAUGUGGUAUCAUUCCAUUCAUUACAAACUUUGAGGAAUUUGCACAAACAGCAGAAUGUGUGUUCAAGAAGAGUGAGAGACGGGCAGAUCUUGAUAAGUGGUAUGUUCGUCUUGUGAUAGCUAUGUUUGAACACAUCCCUCGUGUAGCCAGUGAACACCAGAGGACACCACCAGAAGUUAUAAAAAUGGAGAAUUACCAUGUGCUACACCAGUUGAUGUUCCAGCUGAAACUCCCAGGGAUGGAUGUCCAGAGAAAGGAGGCCAAGCAGCGAUAUCAAGAGGCUCUCAGUGCCUAUGUGACACAGUACUUUGGCAGACCACUUGAGAAGCUUAAUCUGUUCUUUGAUGGUGUUACUGCCAAAGUUGCAAGUGGAGUUAAGGAAUCUGAAGUUGGUUAUCAAUUGGCCUUCAGUAAGCAAGAGUUACGGAAAGUUAUCAAAGAGUAUCCAGGAAAAGAAGUGAAGAAAGGUUUGGAGCAAUUGUAUAAGAAAGUUGAGAAGCAUCUCUCAGAAGAAGGCAAUCUCUUACAGGUUGUAUGGAGGGCGAUGCAGGAGGAAUUCAUCCGGCAGUAUAAGCUGAUUGAGGACCUCAUCCACCGCUGUUAUCCUGGAGCGAUGAUUAAUCUAGAGUUCUCGAUUGAUGACAUUCUCAACUAUUUUUCAGAUAUUGCACAGUCCCACUAAGUGCUCAUGGGCUGUCUAUUAUAAAUAUUCUGCUUCUGAUCUGUAGAACAUCCCUGCAAUAGGGAAAUAUUAUUUGUUAGAAGACUGUGAUAACUUUACUGGCUUUCUGAGAAUUAUUCUUAUUGUGUUUGAAAUUGUUAAUUGUGUAUUAUGUUUUUUAAAAUUAUUUUAUUAACUAAUGAAAAAAAAAUUAUUGAAGGUAGUCAAAAAGUAUAUACUGGUGUUUGUUAUAUACCAAAGAUUCAUAGUGAAACUGAAUUAAAAAGGAAAAGAAGGUGACAAAGUUGUACAGUCAUGUAUUUUUACUAGUUUAUAUUCUCCUAAAUGGAUCCCAGGAAAAUAAUGCUAACACGUUCUCAUUUGUUAGUACCCAGAAAAUAAGCCCCAUUGCAUAAUCAUUUGAAUUACUAAAUUAUAUCCUAUUAUAGGAGUAAUAUUUUUUGUUUAUUAUAUUUUAGAUGAUCUUCAUUAUAACAUAAACAAAUAAUAGGAAUUUGUUAUGGAGGUUCUUUCAUAUGCUCCUUAUUAACUGUGUAUAAAAUGCCAUAUGUUUACAGUUGAGACAUUCCAUGCCAUCAUGUUUUGAAACUAGAAGCUGUGAUGAAUAUAAUGUUUAUGAAACCAUGUCUGUUUAUUGUACGCAGAUUAAGCCAUUCUGCUUCCACUAUUAUUUGCAUCUAUUAUCCCAACAUCAGGAAGACUACUAAGAAAAUAUAGAUUUUUUUUAAUGAAGUAUUUAAGGUAUAUAACAUAUGGUAACAUCCUCUAGUAACAGUAUUGUUUUCUCUUAUCUUGUUCUGUUAUUAGAAUUAUGCUGAUUUGCUAAUGCUUGUUAAGUAACGGAAAAUAUUUUGCAUUGUUUAAAUGCAUUUGAGAUGUAGAUAAGUAACUAUUUAAAUGUAAUUUGCACAAUUUUAUUGUGAGUGUACAGUCAAUGUAGUAAGUUUCCAAAUAAAGCAUUUCUUGUUA